GGAAGUGGCGGGUGUAUAGCCGGAAAUGCUCAACUGUCGUUUUCACGCCAAGCAGGACGCGCGCAACUCGUGUAGCAGAUCCUGAAAAUUAUAUCAACACGAUGAGUAUGGACGUGAAGAAGCUGAAGGUAAACGAGCUGAAGGAGGAGCUCCAACGGCGCGGUCUGGACACGCGUGGUCUCAAGGCAGACCUGGUUGUGCGGCUGAAGGCGGCACUGGACUCAGACACCACAGAUGGUCUUGGGGACGGCGGGGGCCAGCCCGCUAACCAGAACGAUGAGCUCUCCAACGACUUGCCCGCAGAGGAGGAAGAAGAUGAAGAAGAGGAUGAUCUACAAAGACAAGAAGAUCUUGAUGAUGAUGGAUGCGGGGGCAUGCAAGGCGGGAAUGAGCUAGAUGAAGACAUGGAAGAGGAGGCUGAGGACCAGGACGAAGACAAGGACUCGGGUGGAGACUACGAGGCAGAGGAUGCUUCGGAGGAGCCCUUCGAGAGCCAGCAGGCCAGCGAGGAGGUGCAGGACCUCCUCGAGCCUGAUGAUGAGCCGGAGCCUGAUGAUGAGCCGGAGCCUGUGAAGGUCGAGGCGGUGCCUGAGGUGAAGGAAAGCAUCAAGUCUGAACCAGAGCCCGUGGUGGUGGAGCAGACUCAGGAAGAAUCACCGGUGGAGGUGAAAAGGGAGGAGGAGGCGGCCGUCCCCGAGGCGGCAGCAGCAGCCGCCGACGUAGAGGAGGAAGAGUCCGCUCCGCCGGAGGAGGAGGAGGAGGAGGUCGGGGCUGAGCAGAAGGCCGAGGAGGAGCGGGAGGAGCGCCCUGAGCAGGAGCGGGAGAAGGAGGGUGUAAAGAAGAUGGAGGAGGAAGAAGAGCACGGCAGGGAGGAUCUGAAGCCAGAGGGCGGCCAGCAGGUGAAGACGGAAGGAGAACGGUCCAGUCAGCACGGCCGCAAGCGGACCCACGACGAGGGCCGCGGCUACAGCUACUACGAACACCGCGACGAAAAGAGGUCCCGCACGCCACAGCCGCCGGCCGAGGACGAGGAGGAGUGCAUCGAUGACACCCUCGUCACCAUGGACACAUACAACUGCGACCUGCACUUCAAGGUGUCGCGCGACCGCUACAGCGGAUACCCGCUGACCAUCGAGGGCUUCGCCUACCUGUGGGCCGGCGCCCGGGCCACGCACGGCGUCAGUGCCGGACGCGUCUGCUACGAGAUGAAGAUAAAUGAGGAAAUUCCCGUGAAGCACCUGCCCAGCAGCGAGCCAGAUCCUCACGUAGUCCGAAUUGGCUGGUCACUUAACUCCUGCAGCACCCAACUUGGUGAGGAAGCCUUCUCCUACGGCUACGGAGGGACCGGGAAGAAAUCCGCUGACUGCAAAUUUGAGGACUUUGGGGAGAAGUUCGGGGAGAACGACGUCAUUGGCUGUUACAUCGACUUUGACAGUAACGAGGAGGUGGAGAUGUCCUACUCCAAGAACGGCACCAUGUUGGGCGUGGCGUUCCGCGCCACCAAAGAGCAGCUGGAGGGGCGCGCCCUCUUCCCCCACGUCCUGGUCAAGAACUGCGCCGUGGAGUUCAACUUCGGCCAGAAGACGGAGCCCUACUUCCCCGCUCCGGAGGGCUACACCUUCAUCCACACCGUGGAGAUGGAGCACAAGACCCGGGGCGCCGUCGGGCCCGCCAGCAAGGGGGAGUGUGAGAUCCUAAUGAUGGUUGGUCUGCCCGCCUGUGGUAAGACAACAUGGGCCACGAAGCACGCCCAGGCCCACCCGGACAUGAAGUACAACAUCCUGGGUACCAACGCCAUCAUGGACAAGAUGAAGGUAGGGGGUCUGCGCCGCCAGAGGAACUACGCGGGCCGCUGGGACAUAUUGAUCCAGCAGGCUACGCAGUGUCUCAACCGGCUGAUUGAAAUCGCUGCACGCAAGAGACGCAACUACAUCCUCGACCAGACAAAUGUAUAUGGAUCAGCCCAGAGACGAAAAAUGCGUCCUUUUGAAGGUUUUCAACGCAAGGCUAUAGUAGUUUGUCCCACGGACGAGGACUUAAAAGAACGAACGUUAAAGCAAACUGAUGAGCAGGGGAAGGAUGUGCCAGAUCAUGCUGUAUUAGAAAUGAAAGCGAACUUCACGCUGCCCGAGUCGGGCGACUUCCUGGACGACGUGAAAUUCCCCGAGUUGGAGCGCGAGGAAGCCGACAAGCUGGUGAAAGAGUAUAACGAGGAGGGCCGCAAGGCGGGCCCCCCGCCCGACAAGCGCAUGGACAGCCGGCAGGGCGGGUUCCGGGGCCGGGGCUCCAGCGGCGGCAGCGGGGCGGGAGGCGGCAGCUUCCAGCGCUACGACAACCGCGACGGGCCUCGCAGCGGGUACCAGAGCCGCGGUGGGACCAGCGGCAACGGGUACCGCGGAGGUUACAACCGUGGCGGGAGCGGUAGCAACUACAACAACCAGAACCGCUGGGGAAGCAGCUACCGAGAUAGCGGCUCCAACGGCCGCGGAGGCGGCGGCGGAGGUGGCGGCGGCGGAGGAAGCUACAACCGCAACCAAUCGUCUGGGGGCAGCAGCUACAGCCGCCCCGCGCCCUACAACAAGAGCAGCUACGGCCAGGGCAACUACAACCAAGGCAGCUACAACCAGGGCGGCUACAACCAGGGCAGCUACAACCAGAGCUACUACAGCCAGUACCCGGGCUACAGCCAGAGCUACAGUCAGCCGGCCGCCGCCGCCGCCGCCGCCACAGGGCAGAGCUACACCCAGACCCAGCAGACCCAGCAGCCCCAGCAGCAGGCUCAGCAGGCCCCGCAGACGCAGCAGGCCCAGGCGGCCCAGCCACAGACCCAGCAGAACUACAACCAGCAGUACCAGCAGUAUGCGCAGCAGUGGCAGCAGUACUACCAGAACCAGAGCCAGUGGAACCAGUAUUACAGCCAGUAUGGGAACUACGGCCAGGGCAACCAGGGAUCCUCGGGCUCCCAGUGACAUCCUCGCCCCAAGAUCCUCGUCCCCCCCCUAACCCCCCCGCUGCCCUGAAGGCCCGGUCUGUACAGUCUCACCUGACAUGGACUCUAGCCCCGAUCCCUCCCUGCUAGUCCUCCCUCCAGGUAGCCCCCUGUCCUGCCCUCCCCUGGUCCGUUCACGCAGAGCCGUCUAACUGGUCCUCGGUGUCUCUUUUCUACUGGAGUCUUAACCCUUUCAGCGGAGAUUAAUCGGUAAGAAAGAAGAGCGGAGGACUCUGUGCUUCGGCGUCAGACGUCGAUUGCGGACGCCGGCUGAAAGUUUUACGGUCCACAGGUGUAGAUUUCAAAAACAAGGUAGAUUUCGAAAUAAUGUAUGCAAAGCAAGACAUGAUUAGUGUGGGAAAUAAAUCAAUUGUGUGAACUAGUUUUGCUUGUUAAUAUGAAGCUUAGCCAAGAACAAGAUGCAUGCUUUCCCCUCGUGACGGUCGGGUCACUCUCUGCUACUCUGCUUCGUUUAUCGUCUUUUCAAUUUACUCUUUAAUAGGAUUCCUCAGCGAGAAUCCUUCUUGUUUUUUUAGGUGUUAAUACCAUAGAUUUUCAUUGCCCAGCCCUUGAGCAAGCAGGAUAUUUUGCCACUGUUUCGUAGUAUUGUGCGCAACCCUUUGUUUUUUUUAUCCUUUUGUGAUUGCUGUUGAUUGUAGUAAUAUUUUAUGGCAGACAUUUUUCUAUCAAGUAAUGAGUCUGUUGACAUGACGACUACCCAAGUUACCCAAACUAUGUCUUUAUACAAUAAAUGCAAUUGUAUACUCCUUUA